UGCACAGACUAUUAAUGAUUCGAAUUUAAUUAUUCUUUAAAUUAGAAACUUUAUGGACAAAAGCUCCUUGUUGUGACCAAAACUUUUGAAGUUACUUAUUUUUAGUUAAAAUGUCUGGUGUAAGUGGCGCGGGUGCUCCGCCCCUGGGCGGUGUAGUCAGAAAUAGCGCGUUAUCCUUUGUUGCGUCUGCGCAGCCAGCGGCAACAGCUGACAGCAUUCCGGGAAACUCGCAAGAGAUGGAUCGGGAGCAGUUGGCGCAAGCAGAUCGUCUAGUACCAGCAGGGCUUACAGCACUGUGUGAGGCUUGCUCCCGGCUAUAUCCCGACCAGCCCAACCCUCUGCAAGUCACUACGAGGCUUAAAUACUGGUUGGGCGGCCAUGACCCCCUAGACUACAUAAGCAUGUACUGGAAUCCGGGCCGACCAGAUGAGCAUAUUCUGCCUCAUUGGCAUUAUGUCAGCUUCGGUCUCUCCGACCUACACGGCGACGGUCGCGUCCACCCCCUACCGGAGUUAGCCCGUGACGCGCCAUCAGGCUAUGGCUUCGAGCUAACCAUGCGUCUGUCAGCUGAAGAAGGGUUGACACAACCGCCUCUGUGGCCCGCGGCGUUACUGCAAGCACUGGCUAGAUAUGUUUUUACUACUGGCAACAAGCUCUGCGCUGGCGACCAUAUAACCUGGCACCGCGCAUUAGACGGCGGCGCCUCACGCUCGCGCCUGCGACACCUGCUCGUCGCCGCCGACACCAUGCUGCCGCCCGCACACACCCCGCACGGCGCCGUGCACUUCUUACAGAUAGUCGGAUGUACUGGCAGAGAAUUGAAAGCAGCGCAAAGAGGUUCAGGGUUUGAAGUACUUAAGCUUAUCAGUGAAGACCCCAAUUGUGGCGGCGCAUGGCUAGUAACUCGCAUGUCGCGUCGCGCGUCGUGCCGCCGCGUGCGUGCUCCGCGACGUCGCGCGUCCGACUCACGUGACACUGACCCCGCACCGCUCGCGGGGGUCUCUGCUACACUGCGGUGGCUGCCUUGGACACCGUCCGGUGAAGAGGUGUCUCCCGCCCCCCUCCCAGCGUCAGUUGAGCAGCAGAUCAAGGACACCUUACAACGAGGACUGAGCACCAUGACUGAUAGAAGUGGCCCUGAAGGUCACAUGUCAACAGACAGUUUUGAAAUGUCAAGCAUGGAAAGAGCGUUACCCCACAUACCUGAAUUGAUGGAGGGUUCGUGGCGUGGUGAAUCUGACGUGGAAUACUUGGAUGGAGUUCACAUUAUGUUGAAUCCUGAAGGCGCCAGUUUACUGCCGUUGGCUAUCGAUGGUCGUAUCCGUCUAGGUGCUCACUUUACAUGGCGCGGGCGCGGCGCCGCGCUCACGCUGCUGCCCGCGCGGGGACACGGCAGCAGGCCAUACUCUGCUACUAACACCUGGCUGCAGGCGGAAAUACCAAAAGAUUUAGCAGCAGACAUGUCAAAACAAGUUGCUACAUUUUCCAAGUUAGCUGACACAGACUCCGAAUCAGACAGCGAUGAAGACACCCAAGGACUGGAGCCCCCAAUGUUACCCAUCACUCUAACGUGGCCGAAACAUAAGUUAAAAAUAUCUGUAGUACAUGACAAUGAGUUUUUAUAACGUCAGAAUGACAACAGGGGCGCGAUUCUACUAAUUUUACUUGCGACAUACGAUUCAAAUCCGACUGAGAUCCAAUCACGACUCAAUUACGAUUGGAGCGUAAUGUCUCUAUGACUGGAUGUGUAGCGUGUGUAUGUAUGUCGAAUCUCAAUACCAGUUUUAACCUUAGCGGGCAUUCUGCUACUAAUAUAAGACCGAUCAUAUUCCAAUGACAUUUCAUUGUUUUGCCAUUGGUCUGCCAUUUGGUCUAUAGGACAGUCUGCUCUACAAUCAUAUUGCAAUCGUAAAUCAUUUGCAGACAAUGUGAUUAAUUAUGGAAUCACAGAUAAAUAAAAUCGUUUAUUUAAAACAAGAAUAGCGGAAUGCCACAUAUGUUUCAAUCGUAAUUGAAUCUCAGUUGGAUAUCAAUAGUAUCAAAUCGUAUGUCGUUUAAGUUAUAGUAGCAGAAUUAAGCCCCAGAAAUAUGUAAGUCCACAGCUAGCAUGUGUUCGCGCGGCGGUUGCAGUUUCGCGGACAUAUUAGUAAUGUUCGCACGCAAUGUGUUACUUUCUGCUAGAACGAGUAGAUCUGAAGAUACAUUUAUGAAAAGAAUAAUCUUCCAGCUAGAGUAUUCUAUAUAUAGAUAGACGAAGUCGCGGCCAAAUGCUAUAUGUAUAGUAUUACUAUGUACAUGUAACCAAUAUUAUUUUGUAAAUAAGACUUGACUAAACUGAAAGAAUACAUUUAUUUUUAACACAAA